ACAUUGACGUUUCGUUUUCACAUCACAACAAUCAAUACAAAUUAAACUAAACUACAAUAAUUUAAACUACAAUAAAAACAAAUUCAUUUACACUAUUUUGCAAAUUAUUACAUUAUAUAUUAUAAUUUGCAAAUUAAAUUACAUUAAAUUACGAAAACAAUGGAUACAGUUGUAAAAAGUAUGUUAGAAGAAGAUCCAGAAGAGAAGAAACAGGGAAUAGUUCUAUUUGGUAGAGAUUUAUCUCAAAUACCAUGUUUCCGAGAAAGCUUUUUAUAUGGUAUCGCAACUGGAGUAGGAUUCGGGAUAGCAGCAUUUAUAAAAACCUCAAAACCAAUGCUGUCACAACAUAUUGGAGUUGGUACAUUUUCAAUGUCUACUUUAUUAUACUGGUCAUAUUGUAGAUACCAUUGGUCGAAACAGAGGUUUGAUGCACAGUUACUUCAGGAAGCAUUAAAAGAUAAAAUUCUAUACGAAGGCACUGUAGUUGAAAAAGAAUUAGAGAGUAAAGGUGUGUUAAAGUCAGCAUAGUACAUACUAAUAGAUUUUUAAUUUGUGUUUUAUAUUAUAUUAUAUUAGAUUAGUAGUAACAAAUUAUGUUGAACAUUUAAUAAGAAUAAUACUAAUAUUAUAUGAUCUUGAAUAAAAUGUUGUAUAUA